GCACAUGUACAACUCAAGAACGCGCACAGGUAGAUCGCUAUUAUCAGUGUUGAGGUAAACCUGGAAAUCACGGCCUCGGGACUCGAAGUAGCGCGUUUAAAGGGCUAUUAGACAAUAUGACAGCCCGAUCGAGACCUGGCUAUUUUCGACAGGAGAUAAAUAAAACAAUCUGGGAGGUGCCGGAUAGAUACAAAGAUCUGAAACAGGUGGGGACGGGGGCAUAUGGUACAGUGUGCUAUGCAUUAGACCGGAGGACAGGGGCAAAGGUGGCCAUCAAGAAACUCCAUCGUCCCUUCCAGUCUGACCUGUUUGCCAAAAGAGCCUAUCGUGAGCUCAGGCUGCUCAAACACAUGAAGCAUGACAAUGUUAUCGGACUUGUGGAUGUGUUCACUGCAGACCUUUCCCUAGACAGAUUCCACGACUUUUACUUGGUCAUGCCUUUCAUGGGUACUGAUCUGGGAAAGUUAAUGAAAAUGGAGAGACUUUCAGAAGAGAGAGUGCAGUAUCUGGUCUAUCAGAUGUUAAAAGGCCUCAAAUAUAUCCAUGCCGCUGGAAUCAUUCACAGGGAUCUCAAACCAGGCAAUCUUGCAAUAAACGAGGAGUGUGAGCUUAAGAUCCUGGAUUUUGGCCUGGCUCGGCAAACAGACAGUGAAAUGACGGGCUACGUUGUGACACGCUGGUACAGAGCGCCUGAGGUCAUUCUGAGCUGGAUGCAUUACACACAGACUGUGGACAUCUGGUCAGUCGGGUGCAUCAUGGCAGAGAUGCUGCUAGGAAAACCACUAUUCAAAGGACACGACCACCUGGAUCAGCUGAUGGAGAUCAUGAAGGUUACAGGGACACCCUCAAAAGAGUUCACAGCCAAGCUACAGUCUGAAGAUGCUAGAAACUACGUCACAAAGUUACCAAGAUUUAGAAAGAAAGAUCUGCGGAUUCUAUUACCAAAUGUUAACCCACAAGCGAUUAAAGUGUUAGACGGCAUGCUGCUUUUGGACCCUGAGAGCCGGAUAACAGCAGCAGAGGCACUGGCUUUUCCUUUCUUCUCAGAGUUUCGUGAACCAGAGGAGGAAACCGAGGCUCCACCAUAUGACCAUUCGCUGGAUGAGGCUGAUCAGUCGCUAGAGCAAUGGAAAAGACUCACUUUCACAGAAAUUCUGACCUUCCAGCCGGCUCCUGCGGUGGCUGAAUCUAAAGAGACGGCCCUCUGAGAGCUUAUUUUGACAUCAAAGCUACGUUUACUUUGUAUCAUUUGUCAUAUACAGACUUUGAACUAUUUUUGUGAGAGCAGUUUUAUUUUUAGACGAUCAGCCUGUUGUGUGCUAGUGUUCAGCACAGCUGAAAUAGACACAACUGAGCCGUUAACAGACUCCAGUGUGAGUUUGGAAACAUUUUUUACAAAUUAUUAUUGUGGUUGUUAUUAAAAAUGAACACUAGUCAGCAUUAAUGCAGACAGGUAGACACUGAGAUCAUUUCAUUUAAUCAUUGCAAUGUAAAUGUAUGUGCAUAUUUUAUAUAGUUUCUCAGGUGGCAGAAUUCUGGCCUAGAUUUGGCAUAAAGCUGGCACAGCAGGCAUUCAUUCGGCACUGGCUUACAACAUGUGGGCCAAACUUGGCCCGGGUUUGGCAGAUCUGCCACCUUUUUUGAGGUAAAGCGGUAAAAUGAGGUGCUGGAUCCGGUGUGUUCUGGCAUAAAUUAAGCCCUGGGUCCAUAUAAGUCUUGACCCACAUUUAAAAUACA